UAUCAAAUUGUCAUCCAAUCCAACUUCAAAAAUUUUUUUUGGUGGUAGUCGCCAGACUUUAUUAUUAUUCAAUUAAUAAUUAUCUGGGUUAUAAAUUAACAACUGUUACAAUUUACAUUUUGUUUACUGUAACCGCAAAGAAAUCGUCACAACUCAUAGGUGACUAUGGUUUUCCUAACUAUUGCCAAUCUAAUAAGAGUCCGUGGGCCAGAUGAGUUUUGGAGGAAGAGGAAAAUUUUCAGGUUAGCUGCACAUUUUAUUGGCCGUCGCAGAAAUUGUUAUUCAGUGGCAGUCCGUAACGUACAUCGUGCUUUAACAUAUUCUACGAAAGCUCGGCGAUUAAAGAAACAAGAUAUGAAAGAUCUUUGGGACACCCGUAUAACAGCAGCAUGUGAACAGCAUAAUAUUACAGCAUUUUCUUUGAGAGAGGGUUUGGAACGUGCCAAUGUCAUGUUAGAUCGGAAGUCAUUGUCUGACUUAGCCGCUUGGGAACCGAAGACAUUCGAAAGUUUAGCUGCAGUUGCCAGUCAAAAACUGUACCUCGAUGGAUUUUUUGAUGGAACUGACAAGAAGGCACCUACGGGAAAACACUUGGACCUUAACAAUGUUAUUUUAGAUGAUUGGCUUAAAGAAAAGAAAUAAUUCUUUUAAUACUAUAUUAAUAAAUCAUAGUAAAUAGUUUUAGCAAUGUU